AUGCGCGGUGCGGCAGGAUGCGCGGCAGGCGCCUGCGUGUUCGACUCGCUGCGGGGGAAGCGGGAGGGGGAAGAGGCGCUGCUGGGGAUCUUGGAGAGCCUCCUCGCCUUCACCAGGUAUUGUCACGCUCGUUAUAGGCACAUUCGAGCCUGUCCCUCUCGCGUCAAGGCAUGCCAAGCCAGGCGAGCGCACUUCCACUGCCACGUGGUGGCGGUGGUGCUGCUGCUUGCCUGCUUCUCUUGCAUCGGCACCAUCCCACAUGGGGUGACGGCCCUGGAGCACAGCAGAAGCCUGAGAGACUGUGCGGACAUCUUUGCAGCAGGAGUCGCUCUGCCAUCAUCAAUUGACCCAGAAAACGCCCCCACCCUCACCUCCACCCUCACCUCCACCCUCACCUCCACCCUCACCUCCACCCUCACCUCCACCACUUCCACCGCUCCCACCACCACCGUCGCCGCCACCCCCUCCCGCACCACUGGUGGUGGAAAUGGGGCCAAGCGAGAGGCGGGCAAGUGCUGGAGCCGGGCAGAGCUGCCGUGCUAUGUGGACACCGCGGGGAGCACGGGAGGUGAUAUGUCGGAGAGACUUGAGAUGAAAAUGCGCCAGUACCACACGUACCGGCGCGAGUGCCUUCUGAAAGAGCCCAAGGAGACACUCCGAGCGACCCUCCUCUCUAACAAGCCCACGCUCUGCCGCUAUUUGGUGUACUACCACACGCGGGACGGGCAGGGGAACAGACUCGUCUCGCUCAUCUCUGCUUUUGCUUAUGCGCUCCUGACGGACCGAAUUCUCCUGCUUGCAUCUGGUAGCGGCCUGGCUGAAGAAUACUGCGAGCCGUUUGAGCACGAGGCAUCGGUUGAGGCUAGUCAAGGGGCCUCACAAGAGGUCGAGGCCAGUCAAAAGGCGGAUGAAGGAGCGUCGUGGGUGCUGUUUGAUGGGCCGGAGAGGGAGAAGUAUGUGUGGAUGCUACGGUUCAAAGUGGCUAAGGAGUGGAGGAGCGUGCGUGAGGAGGAGGAGAGCGGUUUGAUGGCACCACCAGUCCUACGGGUCGACAUCGUCCAUUUCACCAAGCCAUCCGGUCACCUCUUCUUUUGUGAAUCCGAGCAGCAAUGGCUCUCCCGCACCCCCACCCUCCUAAUCUACUCCAACCAGUACCACCUCCCCGCCCUCUACCUCAUCCCUUCCUUCCGCCGCCGCCUCCUCCUCCUCUUCCCCUCUCAUCACCCCUUCCGUUCUCUCUCCCGCCUCCUCCUCUUCCCCCGCAACCGCAUCUGGGCACAAAUCACCCGCCGCUUCCACUCCCUCAUUGCCCCCGCCUCUGCUCGAAUAGGCCUGCAGGGGCGGUUUCAGAAGCAGGCGUUGGAGAGGGGGAUUCCCUGGGAGACCAAGGCUAUGGGGCGGUGCUUGUUAGAAGCACUCAACUCCUCCUCUGUGCGCCAGGCACAGGAGGUACGGCUAUCAAAACGGGGUGGUGCAAGUGGUGAUGGUAGCAGCGGCAAUGGUGGUCCUGGGUGCAGUGCGGUUGGGAACGAUUCUCCGAGCGGUGUGACCGAGGUGAUGGUGGCAUCGCUCAGUCCUGUGCUAGCACACAACCUGUCUGUGAUUGUAGCAGAAAACGUGCCAGGAGUAAGCGUGACUGUAGGGAGCGACACCCCUUGUGCUGCCACUGCAGAACUUGCACUUCCUCCCAGAAAUGGUGCCAAGAACUUGGCGAAUUCCCAUGUGCACAUUGCUCGACUGACCGUCGACGAGUCAGAGAACAACACCGACACCGGCCUGGUCGACCGCGCUAUUCUCGACAUUUACACGCUUGCGCUCUUCUCUGACGCCCUUGUAAUAUCUCGCAACUCCACCUUUGGCUACGUCAGCGCGUCUCUCUUCGGGGUUCCCUAUGUUUCAUUUGUGGGCCCCACGUGUUUCAGAGCGACGAUUGAGCCAUGCUUGCACUUCCCCCCUAGUAAUGACCGGUGCCCGGAUGGGGUUCCCCAGCAGCUACAACUGCUGCUGGCUGUAGCUCCCGAUGUGCCGCUCAUGCCGUGUGCAGAUAGGCCCACUGGGAUUGCCGUCCGCCCGUUGGAGAUGUGA